GAAAAAAAGUUAAGACUGGAACUAGAAAAUAAAGCACUUGAAGAAUCGGAAAGUGACAUUUACGUGCGAUUCAUGAGGUCACACAAGUGUUAUGACAUUGUUCCAACAAGCUCUAAGCUCGUUGUUUUCGACACUACGCUACAAGUAAAGAAAGCCUUUUUUGCCUUGGUGGCAAAUGGUGUGAGAGCAGCUCCACUGUGGGAGAGUAAAAAACAGAGUUUUGUAGGAAUGUUAACAAUUACAGAUUUCAUUAACAUACUGCAUAGAUACUAUAAGUCUCCAAUGGUUCAGAUUUAUGAAUUGGAGGAGCACAAGAUAGAAACCUGGAGGGAACUUUAUUUACAAGAGACGUUUAAACCUCUAGUGAACAUCUCCCCAGAUGCAAGCCUUUUUGAUGCUGUAUAUUCAUUGAUCAAAAACAAAAUCCACAGAUUGCCAGUUAUAGAUCCUGUCAGUGGAAAUGCACUUUAUAUACUUACCCAUAAAAGAAUCCUCAAGUUCCUCCAGCUUUUUAUGUCAGAGAUGCCAAAGCCUGCCUUUAUGAAGAAGAAUCUGGAUGAACUUGGGAUAGGAACUUACCACAACAUUGCCUUCAUACAUCCGGACACUCCUAUCAUUAAAGCCUUGAAUAUAUUUGUAGAGAGAAGGAUAUCAGCAUUACCUGUUGUGGAUGAGUCAGGAAAAGUUGUAGAUAUUUAUUCCAAAUUCGAUGUAAUAAAUCUUGCUGCUGAAAAAACAUAUAAUAACCUAGAUAUCACGGUGACGCAAGCCCUACAGCACCGUUCUCAGUAUUUUGAAGGUGUUGUAAAGUGUAGUAUGCUGGAAACACUGGAGACCAUUGUGGAUAGAAUAGUGAAGGCUGAGGUUCAUCGUUUGGUGGUAGUGAAUGAAGCAGAUAGCAUUGUGGGUAUCAUCUCCCUUUCUGACAUACUACAAGCUUUGGUACUCACACCAGCAGGUGCCAAACAGAAGGAGAAUGAAAGUGAAUGACUGCUGGGAAUGUAUUCGCGUUUGUAGGAGAACUUGAACAACGUUUCUGGGUCAAGUUUGUCUCAAGAACAGCGACUGCAACAGAACAGAGCAGGAUGGUUGAGAAUGUGUAUCGGGACUUAGUGAUGGAUGACGAGUCUCUUCCCCCCAGUGAUGUCGCAAAAAAAAAAAAAGCAGCAUGACAAAAAGCUUAUGUUAAAAUGUAGGCUUGUAUUUCCAAAUGUCUUCAAAACAUUUGCUGGAAGACUUCACAUGAUGUCCUUCAUUAAAAUGCACUGUAUUCUGAAACUUGUCCAUUUUUGUAUUUGACAGAGGUCACUGGUCAGCAAUGGAUGGAUGUGACAUAAGGCAAGUGUAUGGCAUAUUCAUAUCAUAGUGCCUUAUGUCAAAAUACAGCAAUAUGUCAUCACUGUUGCCCAUCACUGUCAAAGGGAGUGUUGUGCUAAACGAGACACUGUAUUUGAAUGUGAGAGUCUUUAAACCAAAUCCGUUUCAGUUCUCAUUAGAUUUGUCAUAAAAGCUGUAAUCUGAGUAUCGGUAGACUUCUUUCAAACUUUAAUGACAGUUUUGUGUUAAAUGUUGCGUUCUGAACCGAGAUGUAAAACAAGACUGAUUUUAAAAACAGCUUUAUUUAUUUUUACUUUCAUGACAAUUUUUUACACAUCCUUGGUGGAUAGCUGAGAUUUCACCAUAUCCAUUAAUAAACUGUUGAUUGUUAUACAACCAAGUGGCAGAUUUUUCUCAUUAUUUAAAACUCUGGAGUGGCAGGAGCUGUGGCCUGUUGAUCAGUCCAUGUUACUUGAGCUGAAGAUUCCAGAAGUGCGGAUCGAACGUGCUCUGUAGUGUGACACACGGGCACCGCGGAGGAAGUGAGGUGCCAGAGAACGCUGUUUUCAUCUGUAUUAAAGUGUAAAACAACGUUUGUACCACAAAACCGAAACUUUUUAUUGUGUAUGAUUUGUACAGAAGCGGAGGAGUGAAGAAAGCCGUGGGGUGUUCGCGCAUGUAAAUGUACUGUAAAGUUGGAAGAGGAGACUUUUAUAAUUGUAGAUUCUUGUAGAUGGAAGAAAUUAAACCCUACAACAUC